CUUCUUUAUCUCCUUCUUUGUGUUUUCUGACAUUAAAUCUGAAAUAGAAUUUAAGAAAUAUGUGUUUUUUUGCUUAUUAUCUAAAGGACAGAGCGUCUUUAAGUGUUUUUUUUUGCUAAAAUCGAAGUUGGGUGUCUUGAAAACUGUUGGGUUUAUAAUUUAUUUGAAGGUUAAGUGUUGGGAAUCUCUAUUUGGGCCAAAAUCUGAUGAAAAUGGAAAUUCGACCUUUGUUUGUGCUAAACCUUGUAGGAUAAUAUUAUUUGGUGGUUAAAGUUUGUUUUAAUUCGUUGCAUGUCGAGAAAAAGCUUGAAGAACUCAACAUUCUUUAUAUUCUGUGAUUUGAAAUCAGUGUUAGUGAACUGGGUUUCUUACUCGAUUUUUUUUUGUAUUCUGUGAUUUGAAAUCAGUGUUAGUGAACUGGGUUUCUUACUCAGAUUUUUUUUGUUUCAGUUUCAGUUUUGUUUCAGUUUGUCAUAUUUUUAUUUUUUUUAACUAAAAGGUGGAUGAUAUGUUCUGUUUCACUAAGUUAUUUCAGCUUGUUAUUCCAUUUAGAGGUCAUUCGGUUGUAUUAAUGAUAUGAAGACAGAACAUUAAUUUGAUUGCUUUGUUUAUGUCAACAUUAAUAGGAACAUGAAUAAUCUAGAGCGUGAUUGGAUGUACGAUAGGUUGGAUGGCCGAGGGGGUAUAAACUCUAGCUUUGUAACCGGUGUAGAUAAUUUUAUCCAAUUUGCACUUUCUCAACGAAAUUACAUGAGCGGUAACAAGGUUAGAUGUCCAUGUAAAAAAUGUCACAACAUUAAAUACAUGGAUGUUGAAAUCGUUGAAUAUCACCUUUUUAAUUUUGGAUUUGUUGAGGACUAUUUUGUUUGGGAGUAUCAAGGGGAAAAAGAUGUGAUCGGUGAGAUAGCUUCUGGUAAUGAUUUGCACGGUGGUUCUCAACUUGAAUCGGGAUUCGAUAAUCCAUACCGACAAAUGGUCUUGGAUGCAGCUGGUCCCAACUUUGGUCAGGGUUCGAGUUCGCAAUCUUAUAGCAAUAUUGAAGUUGAUUCUUCUCAUCCUUAUGAACCUUCAAUGGAGGAGGAGCCUAAUCCUUCAAUGGAGGAGGAGCCUAAUCCCGAGUCCCAAAGAUUUUACAAUUUGCUACAAGUCGCCGAUGAAAAAUUAUAUCCGGUUCUUCUCUCUCUCAACUUGCAGUAG